UAUAAAACUAUUGAUCUUGCAGAAUGAUGCUUAGUUGUCAUACAGUCACAGUCGGAAAAUCAACUGACGAUUUUUUAACACGACAAAAUGGUUUAUUGUUUCACGCUGUUCGCUCUGGUCGUGUUCUGCGCGAUUCACGGAGCACUCUUCGCUCAAAUACCGGAAUAUAUCAAAAUCUGCAAACGAGAACAAAGCACAAUAAACGAAUGCGUCAAGUCCUCGAUAGAGAAGCUCCGACCCAACCUCAUAGCUGGUAUACCUGAACUCAACGUGCCCAGUCUUGAACCAUUCUAUAUUCCAGAGAUCAUUGCAGUGAGUGGUGACCUUGUACCUCUCAAAGCUUCAGGGAAAGACGUUAAAGUGUCAGGAGCUGGUAACUUUACGAUAAAAUCUAUUUCCGUGGAUCUCGAUACAUUUACUUUGCGCGGUCGGGUCCGUUUCCCGCGACUUCACUUAGAUGGACGGUAUAAUUUAGAUACGCAAAUUUUGAUAGUGCCUCUACGUGGUGAAGGAAAUCUUGUUGCUAAUGCUGUUAAAUGUGACGCCGAUAUACUGCUGAAGUCUCAGAGAAUCAUGCGGGAUGGUAAGGAGUAUGUGAUGUUCACGAGUCUCAAUGUUGAUCUUACCAUUAAGGAUUACCGCAUCCGACUUGAUGGACUCUUCAACGGGAAUAAGGCUUUAGGUGACGCAACAAACGAAGCGAUCAAUCAAAAUCGCGAUGAAUUCUUAAAGACUACACAACCUUACCUCGAGAAGACUGUGGCUAAAAUAUUACUUGACGCAGCCAACAAAAUAGUAGCGAAUAUUCCGCUAAACGAAUUAUUACCCGAGUCUUAAAACAUUGCCAAUGACCAUCUAACAUUUCAACGUCCACGAGACAUUGUCUUUUAUUUAGAAUUGCAUGACGGGUGUGUUUAUUUUAUGUGACAAUAUUUUUGUUAGAAUUGUUAAAUGUUUUUUUUUCUAAUAAUGUGAUAUUACGUACAAUCUUACUUAUCUUACUAAAGGCAGUGACAUACACUUUGGAAGCUACAAGUUCAUUAUUUUUAUUUGACAACAUGUGAUUAAUCAUAUUAGUUUUGUGUACAAAAUUUGGAAAUAAUACGUCUUGAGUUGUUUGUUGGUUAGAAUGUGAUAAAUAUUAAGAGUUUAGUACAAUCAUUUAUUCAGUGCGAUAACAUUAGUGCGAUCAAGAUAGAAGAUUUGAAUAUUGAAACUUAAUAUUGUUUCGAGAUACAAAGAAUAUUACAUACAAAAACUUUUUUUUUGUUUCCUCAUUCCUUAAUUAUAGGCUAAGAAAUUAUGUAUCGUGAAGUUUAUUGGUUCAUUUGCUUUCUUAAUCAGAAUAGUAAUAUGAUAAAUAAGAAACAGUGACUUAGAGGUUGAAUAAGUUGACAAUUUCAUAUUAUUUUGUAAAUAACUUUUAAUAAAGGAAAGAAUAUUCAAAAUUAUCAAUAAAAUAACUUCAAUGUUAAUUAUAUGAAUCCAAAAAUAAAUAUAAUUUAUUGUUUGGGAAUAAAUUUAUCGUGUAAAUUCAACAAAAAUAUUUUUUUUGCUCUCAAUAACACGAUUUUUUAAUUAUUUGAAAUAUAAGGCGUAUUUUAAAUAUGUUGCGUAAAGAUAUUAACAAUAAUUAUGACCAAACUGUAUUUUGUAAAUUAAAUGUCCACUUGCACAUUACUUCAGUGUUAUUAGUUUUAACAUAAACGGAACAUCUAAUCAUUAUAAAGCUUAUUAAAAAAUUAGUGAGACGAAAACGUAUUUAUAAAAAUUAUUAUAU